AUCAAAGGAAAAUUCAAAUUAGACAAAACUAUUUCUUCUACCAAUCCAAUUGCAGUAGGUGAUAUUGUAACCAUUCAAUUAGAAGAUAUUGAAGAAAAAACAGGUAUGAUUGUUGGCAUCGAUAAACGAAAAAAUUAUUUAGUUCGUUCAUCACCACACAGUAAACAUUUAAUACAUAUUGUUGCUUCUAAUUUAGACCAGAGCCUAAUUAUUGCUACACUUAAAGAUCCAAAAACAUCAUUAGGUUUUAUAGAUCGUUUUUUAGUAACGUGUGAAGCCUAUCGAAUUCCUGCUGUUAUUAUUUUCAAUAAAUCUGAUUUAUUAGAAGAAGAAGAUUUGGAAUAUUACGAAUACGUAAAAAAAAUCUAUACUGAUAUUGGUUAUGAAGUACUAUUAAUUUCAGUAGAGAAAGAUAAAGGUAUGGAAUCCUUCAAUGCUUUAUUAAAAGAUAAAGUAAGUUUAGUAACUGGUCAUAGUGGUGUUGGAAAAUCUACAUUGGUUAAUAAAAUAAUUCCUGAUAAAGAUAUUUUUACUCAAGAAGUAUCAGAAUGGAGUGGAAAAGGAAUGCAUACUACUACCUUUGCAGAAAUGCACGAUUUAAAUGAUGGUGGUCAAUUGAUAGACACACCUGGUAUCAGAGAAUUGGGUGUUGUAUCUAUCUCUAAAGCAGAAUUGUCGGGCUAUUUUCCUGAAAUAAAAAAAGAAUUAGUUAAUUGUAAAUACAACAAUUGUUUGCAUUUUAACGAGCCAGGAUGUGCAGUUAAGGAAGCUGUCAAAAAUGGUUCAAUUUCAGAAGAACGAUAUGUGAGCUAUGCAAAAAUUUAUGAAAGCAUUGAGGAUAAGAUAAUAUUGAUUACUGGAGCUACAUCUGGCAUAGGAAAAGCAUUGGCUAUUCAGCUACUAUCUUAUGGUGCUAAAGUGGCUGUUUGUGGUAGAAACGCUGAUAAUUUAUUAUUAAUGUCUACAGAAAUUAAUGAUAAACAUUUAAUAACCAUACAAGCUGAUGUGAGUAAAGAAGAAGAUUGCAAAAAUUUUAUCAAUAAAUCAUUAAAUGCUUUUCAAACAAUUGAUAUAUUAAUCAAUAAUGCAGGAAUUAGCAUGAGAGCCUUGUUUCAAGAUGUAGAUUUGAAUGUUUUACGCCAAUCGAUGGAUAUUAAUUAUUGGGGUACAGUAUAUUGUACUAAAUAUGCUUUACCACACAUUUUAAAAACGAAAGGAAGCAUUUUGGGUAUCUCAUCAAUAGCAGGUUACAAAGGUUUACCUUGUAGA